GGGGACUCAAUAGCUGGCACAGUUUAUAGAACCUGAAGAGAUGAUCACCCAUUUGACCUGAAAAUAAUUGUCACUGAUUCAUUUUUAGACAAGACUUUGUCCUUCUGGGUGACAGAAGAGCCAAAUGUGAAGAGGAGGCCAGAUAAGCUUUUGUAUCCUUUUUUCAUUUUAUAACAUUUUAAGAAGACAACUCUUAUCAUUUCCUUUUUUUAAAACUGGAUCUUCGAAGACCUACUGAAGAGGGCUAUAGAAGAGAAAAUCUUCCAUCCAUUCAUCUAUUCUCGCAUUUGAUGAAAUUAACUACUUCUCUGCGAUUCUGUUUAGCAGAUUUCUGAUCAUGAAGUUUCUCGUUUUGUGUGCUGUCCUUCUCUGUUGUCUCCACUUCAGUGGUGCUCAUGACAGAAAUCUGGAUUCUGUUUGGAAUUACUGGAAAACAAAAUUCAAGUCUCACUAUCACAAAACGAUGGAGUCAAAGAAGAGAAGUAUUUGGGAAAAAAAUUUUAAUAGAAUAAAAGAACACAACAAUAAACCCAACAUUACAUUUAAACUGGGCAUGAACCAGUUUGCAGAUCUUAGCAAUGACGAAUAUAAUGAUCAAAUACUGCGUGAACUACCAAAGAGAAGCAUCAGGAAAAAAAGAAGCACCGGUGGUACAGCAGACGUAAAUAAUCUACAUACAAAUGCCAUGCUUCUGAAUCUGAGCAGCAUUGACUACCGAUCCAGGGGUUAUGUUACACCAGUGAAAGAUCAGGGCAGAUGCGGAUCUUGCUGGGCAUUUAGCACCACAGGAGCUAUUGAAGGGCAGCUCUUCAAGAAGACUGGUCAGUUGGUAUCCCUAAGUGAGCAGAACCUGGUGGAUUGCUCCAAGACAUUUGGAACAUAUGGAUGCCAAGGAGCAUGGAUGGGCUAUGCCUACAAGUAUGUGCUAUCCAAAGGAGGUAUCGCGUCUUCAGCUGUAUAUCCCUACAAUGGCAUGGAUAACCAAACCUGCCUUUAUAAUGUAAAAAUGAAAGCGGCUUCAAUCACAAACUACAUGUUUCUUCCUAGUGGAAACUUGCAAGCACUGGCUGACGCUGUGGCAACCAUUGGACCCAUCACAGUAACAGUUGAUGCCAGCCUCAUGAGCUUCCAGUUUUACAAAUCAGGAAUUUAUAAUGACCCAGCCUGCAAUACUAAAAUAAAUCAUGCUGUACUUCUUGUUGGAUAUGGAUCAGAGGCUGACCAGAACUACUGGAUUAUUAAAAACAGUUGGGGCACACAGUGGGGAGAAAAUGGUUACAUGAGGAUGGCCAGGACAACAACAAAUUACUGUGGAAUUGCCAGCUACACUCUGUUCCCUGUGAUGUGAUUGUCAAGGAUAAAUUAAAUGGCAAAACUAUGAGGCUUUAAGAGCACAAACAAGAUGCAGUAGUUUAGCUCUUGUCCUUUGUAAAGAAUUAGUUCAGCCAUAGGUGUACAAGUAUCAGAUACAUGUUUAGGUACAUCGAUAGAGCUCCAAUGAAGCUACAAUAUACAUGGCUGGACUGUAUGAUACAGGGUAUUUUAGAUAAUCAUGUAGAUGGGAUUGUUAUUUGGUUAAUAAUGUCAUUGAACCUGCAGAAAAUUAAAUCUAAGCAAGUAAAAGGUAUUUAUAUCAUGAUAUUAUAUCUUGUUUUUGCUUACUGUAGGAAUUAUCGACUUAUCAAAAAGUUUGUAUUUAUGAUUAUUUACCUUACUUGAAGAAAUCUUGUCAAGUAAAUUUUGCUUACACCAUUGGCAGAUUUUU